CGACUCGUUGUGGUAUUCAAACUCAAAUCUAUGACUAUAACCCUGAGUGUGUGAUCUACAAUAGAGGCUUUGAGUCCACUAUACAUGCUCUCAAAGAUUGUAGGGGAGCGAAGGCUAUUUAGGAUGUGACUGAUUAUAGUUUCGUUGCGGAGAUGAGAGUGUACAAUAUUCUAGAUUGGUGGGAGUCGUGCUUUCUUGAGCUUAGUGAGAAUGAAGUGGCUGAGGUUAUUACUUUGUGUUGGGCCAUUUGGGGUGCUAGAAAUUCGCUUGUGGUGGAGGGUGAACUGAAGGAACCAGGUGCGGUGGUGCGUUAUGUGAGAAAAAUUGGUGAAGAAACUCUAGAAGCUAAAGCUAGUGGAUUGUGGCGAGUGGGGGUUCUGCUGCUUCAAAUAAUUUUCCCUCGGUGUGGGCUCCUCCUAGGGUGGGUGUUAUGAAGGUUAAUGUUGAUGCGAGUUUUAUUGGGGAGUUAGGUUGUGGGCUGAGGGCAGUGGUGAGGGAUGCUGGGGGGGACUUGAUUGCAGUUGGGGUCUCGCAGAACAAAGAAAAGUGGGAUGUGAAGGUGGCUGAAGUGAGGGAUGUGCUUGGGCUUUGCGUGUGGUUGCGGAGAAGGGGGGUACGUAGCAUUGGGGUGGAAGGUGAUUGCCUUCAGGUGGUCCAAGCAUUGAAGCAGAAAGACCAUGGUUUCAGUGAGUUUCAUCUGAUGUUAGAGGAUAUUUUUCAUCUUUGUAGAGAUUUUGAUUGUGUUUCUUGGUCUUUUGUGAAGAGGAGGGAAUAGAGUGGCACAUGAGUUGGCUCGGUUUCAACCGUGGAAGUAUGGCCAACGUGUGUGGCUUGAUGUAAUCCCGAUUUGUAUCCUCAAUGUAGCUUUGCUUGAUUUAUAAUAUUAGUCCCAAGUUGUGGGUUUUUUCAAAAAAAAAAAAAAAAAAAAAAAAAGAAAAAUAAAUUAAAAAAUAAAUAAAUAAAUAAAAAUGGAAGAAAUAAUUUGGAGAGAGUAGUGGGAUUAGGUACUUAUAGCCUUAUAGGUAGUGUUUUAUACCAAACCCGUUACAUACUCAGAUCAGUCAUCUUCCUCUUGCCUCCAACAAUCAACAUUGCACUUCAAUUUAACAUCUAAUGACAAAAUUACUACAUACCCAAUGCACAAAACUCUAAUUCCUCAACUGAGUACCACCUUUCUUCCCCAAAUUUCACCCUCAAAAAUCUAAGAUCAAUCAAUUCAAUUCAAUCCAUGGAAGAAGGAGAUGAAGGAGUGAGUUACCCACUUGAAAACGAACAAACCCAGAAAAAUAAGAGCAAAAAAAGAGGAAUUUGGGGCAUAAUAAUGUCAGCUAUAAAUUGGGUGAUCAUGUUAUGUGAUGAAUUACACUGGAGUUUUGUGAUGGGUGUGAUUGCAGUUUAUGGAAUUAGUCAAGGGUUAAGUAUGGGUUUAAGCCGUGUUACUAUGCAGUAUUAUAUGAAAGAUGAACAAAAGAUUCAACCAUCUGAAGCUCAGAUUUCAAUGGGGGUUAUCAGAUUUCCUUGGGUUGUUAAGCCUUUGUGGGGUCUUCUUACUGAUGUUGUUCCUCUUUCUGGGUAUAGAAGAAGGCCAUACUUUAUAUUUGCUGGGUUUCUUGGAGUUACGUCAAUGCUUGUCCUGUCUAUUGUUGAUGGUCUGCAUCUGGUGCCUGCUGUUCUGUCUCUCAUGGCUGGAAGUGCUGGGGUAGCAAUAGCAGAUGUGACAAUAGAUGCUUGUAUCACUGAGAAUAGUAGCACUCAUCCUACACUUGCUAGUGACAUGCAAAGUUUGUCUGGAUUAAGCUCUUCAAUUGGAGCUCUAGCAGGGUUCAUAAUAAGUGGAUUUCUUGUUCAUCUAGUUGGGUCCAAGGGUGUGUUUGGCCUGCUGACACUUCCGCCUGCACUGGUUGUUUUGGUUGGAUUGACAAUUAAGGACGCUCCUGUGCGAAAUCACUCCUAUAGUAGGGUAAAUGAGAAGUUCGGUGAUGCUGUAAGAGCUAUGUGGACCACAUUAAAGUCCCAGCAUGUCUGGAAGCCAUCUCUUUAUAUGUUUUCGUCACUUGCUCUUAACAUAAACAUCCAUGAGGGACUGUUUUAUUGGUAUACAGAUGGGAAGGGAGGUCCAUUAUUCUCAAAGGAGAUUGUGGGAUCCAUAUAUUCCAUAGGGGCACUUGGCUCUCUUUGUGGGGUUCUUCUCUAUCAGAAUAUGUUGAAAAAUCGCCCUUACCAUGACUUACUUUUCUGGACGCAGUUGCUGCAUUGUGCUUCAGGAAUGCUGGAUCUAGUAUUGGUGCUUCGUCUAAAUCUGAAUCUUUACAUUCCGGAUUACCUCUUCAUUGUAAUUGAUGAAGGGGUUUCGCAUAUGAUAGGACGUCUGAAGUGGAUGCCUUUGCUUGUACUUAGUUCCAAGCUCUGCCCUUCUGGGAUAGAAGGAACAUUCUUUGCAUUAUUGAUGUCCAUCGACCAAGUGGGAAUGCUAACCUCGACAUGGGUAGGAGGUUUUGUUUUACAUUUUUUACAUGUAACACGGUCAGAAUUUGAUAACCUCUGGCUUGCAGUUCUACUUCGUAAUCUUUUAAGGUUGACACCAAUAUUUUUGCUGUUUCUGGUGCCGAGAACUGAUCCAAACUUGCCAGUGCCCCCUUCAGAAAUAUCAAAGACUAAAAGGGAUACUGAGGCGCUUACGGCUGAUAAUCUUGAGAUGGCCUCUCUUCUUGAUACCAGCUGAUCAAAAUGUCAUAUCUCACUGUUCAGAUGUCAGAGGUAAUGAUCAAUGUUGAUCACAGUGUUUUUGGCUGUUUACUACUGCAAAUUGAACUGGCAGCAGGCCAGUAUGAUUGCGAUGGAGCCAAAUUUUCUACAGUUUGGCCAGAGUAAGCAUUUCUUGAUGAUCAAAUAUGGUGAAAUGAAGUUGACAUAAUCAGCAUUCAUAAUGGCUGAAGAACCAAUUAAUGGUUAGAAACUUCUCUGCUUACCUGUGCAAUUCUCCUAGCAAAGAUAGUGCUGUAUGAUACAUCAUAACAGUGAUAAUUGGUUUUGUUUUUUAAAUGAAUGAUAACUUUUCUGUAAAAGAUAGUAAAGAAUAGAAAGGCUAGUUUUAAGCUUAAAAAAUUAUAUGCUGUACUAUAUACCAUUAUUCUAUCUCUACAUGCCUGACUUUAUUGCUGCUAGAUAAAGCAAUUAUAUGUCACACUUCUCUACCUUAUUUUUCUUGUAUACUUACAGUGGAACAUGACAUGAUUAAAUCCACAA